AUGGCGGAUCGUUCACUCCGCCCAGCAAGCUUCUGGACUCAGUCCAAUGCUUUACUGUGGCUGGGAAUUUGUUCUCGAAUUCUAUCUCACUGGAUUCCACGAGCAUCAUGGACAACUCCUCCAAUAAUGUCGUGGGAACAGAAUCCAAACUUGGAGAAUCAAAUUUUGGGCUCGUUUGGGAGUGCUUCUUCCCGAAGCGUUUAUGCCAGUAGCGCUUAUCAGCAGCAGCAGCCAUCAUGCCAUGAUGAGGAAAGCUCUGCUUUGCUGCAAUUCAAGCAAAGUUUUUUUCUGGACGCAUCUGCUUCGCUUUACGCUGGUGCUUAUCCAAAGCUUUUAUUAUGGAAACCAGCUAAAGGAGAACAGCGGCAGCCAUCAUGCCAUGAUGAGGAAAGCUCUGCUUUGCUGCAAUUCAAGCAAAGUUUUUUUCUGGACGCAUCUGCUUCGCUUUACGCUGGUGCUUAUCCAAAGCUUUUAUCGUGGAAACCAGCUAAAGGAGCAAAUAGCAGCUGCUGCUCAUGGGACAGCGUCGAAUGUGAUGUGCAGACGGGUCAUGUGGUUGGCCUUGAGCUUAGUAGCAGUUUUCUCUACGGCUCCAUCAACUCUAACAGCAGCCUCUUCCGUCUUGUUCACCUUCAGAGACUAAACCUUGCUGAUAAUCACUUCAACUACUCUCAAGUUCCUAGUAGCAUUAGGAAUUUUCCAAGGCUCACUUAUCUCAACCUCUCCGCCUCUGUCUUUUCUGGUCAAGUCCCAUCUGAAGUUUCACACUUGUCCAAAUUGUCAUCCCUUGAUCUGUCUCUCAAUCUUGAUAGAUUUUCAGGUCAAGGAUUGUUGGAACUCCAUCCAUCCAAUAUGAGAAGUCUAGUUCAAAACUUAACUAGCCUGGAAAAGCUUCAUCUCAGUUUCGUAAACAUUUUUUCGACAGUUCCCAAUUCCAUGGCAAAUUUAUCAUCCUUGACAUCUCUCCUCCUAAGAGAUAGUGGGCUGUUUGGCGAAUUCCCAGUAAGAAUUUUCAGUUUACCAAACUCAAAAUUUUUUAGUGUGAGAUACAACCCUGAUCUUACUGGUUAUUUGCCUGAAUUUAAUCAAACUAGUCCUCUCAUGUCACUUUUACUUGCCAGCACUAGUUUUUCUGGACACCUGCCUUCUUCGAUAGAAAAGCUCGGUUCAUUAAACGAGCUAGAUGUGAGUAGAUGCAAAUUCAAUGGUCCAAUCCCUGCUUCAUUGGCAAACCUUACCCAACUUAGAUCUCUUUCACUUUCUCAUAAUAACUUUAGUAGCGGUUCCUUGUCUUGGGUUGGUAAACAAACCAAACUCACUCUCCUGGAGCUUGGAAAUAUGAGUUUAACUGGUUCCAUUCCGUCUUCCCUUGGAAACCUCACCGAACUCAGUUUUCUUAGUCUUCCUUAUAAUCAAUUAGUUGGUCCAAUCCCAUCAUGGCUAGGCAACCUCAGCACACUAACUGAGAUAGAGCUUACUUUCAAUAAAUUGAACGGUUCAGUUCCUGAGUCAUUAUCCAAUCUUGUUGAUCUCAAUCUCCUUUAUCUACAAGGAAACAGUCUAAGUGGUAGACUGGAGUUCCACAUGUUUCUUAAGUUACAAAAUCUCACCCGCCUCCAGCUAUCUAAUAACAAAUUGGAGCUGCUCACUGAAUCCAGAAUCAUUAGUAAUCAAACUGUUCCGAAGUUUAGGAUUCUAGGAUUGGCAGCCUGCAACAUAACAGAGUUUCCACAUUUCUUAAGAUAUCAACGAAGUUUGGAGUGGUUGGACCUUUCUCAAAACAGAUUGCAUGGCCAAGUACCCAAAUGGAUGUGGAACACAAGCACAGAAACUUUGCAGGUCAUCUCGAUUUCUGAUAACUUUCUUUCAGGCUUUGAACAGCCUCCAGUUGUCCUUCCUUGGGUUAACUUACUAGCGUUUGAUCUUGGUUCUAACAUGCUACUUGGACCACUACCAGUACCUCCACCAUCGAUCACAUUCUAUGAUGUUUCAGGGAACAAAUUAACUGGAGAAAUUCCACCAUUGUUCUGUAGUUUGAGCUCUCUGAAGGUCCUUGAUUUGUCAACUAACAGAUUGAGUGGCAUGCUUCCGCAGUGUCUCGGAAACUUUAGUGAUCUGAAGAUUUUAAAUCUUGGAAACAACUCCUUUGAGGGUAUUCUUCCUCAAACAUACACCAACUUAAGCAAUCUGAGGAUGAUUGAUGUUGGAAAGAACAAAUUGCAGGGGAAAUUACCAAGGUCACUGGUGAACUGUGUGAUGCUUGAGUUUCUUGUUUUGUCAAACAAUCAAUUCACUGAUGUUUUUCCCUUCUGGUUGGGGACUCUUCCAAAGUUAAAACUUUUGGCAAUGAGCCGUAAUGGGUUCUAUGGUGGCAUACGAAACCAAGAAAAGAAUAUCGGCUUCCCUGAGUUGCGCAUUCUAGAUUUGUCUCACAACAAUUUCACAGGCGAGUUUCCAUCUGCAUACCUCUUUUCCGGGAUUUCCCUGAGAGGCAUCACUCUAAACCAGUCUGCAUAUAUGAAGGUAAACUCGAAUUAUGGUUCGGGGAGUUCAAUGUUGUACAAUUAUCAUUUCUCAGUCAUGAUAACAAAUAAGGGUGUGGAAAGAUACUAUAAGUUCAUUCAAGAAGACUUUGCUGCUGUUGAUCUCUCAAGCAACAAAUUUGAAGGGAAGAUUCCUGAGUUCAUUGGGAACUUAAAGGGGCUUCGCUUGCUCAAUGUUUCCAAUAACAUUCUCUCGGGUGGUAUCCCAACAUUCUUGGCCAACUUAACCCUGCUUGAAUCACUGGACCUGUCACAGAACCAGCUCUCAGGAGAGAUCCCUCCACAACUGAAUCAACUUACAUUUCUAUCAGAAUUCGAUGUAUCUCACAACAGUCUCACAGGUCCCAUACCGAGUGGAGGCCAACUUUCUACAUUCGUCAUCGCUUCAUAUGAGGGAAACCUGGGAUUAUGUGGAUAUCCAUUGCCAAAUACAUGUGGAAAUUCUCAACUGCUGCCACCUUCUUCAAACGAACACGAAAAUGAGUCGGGCUUUGAACUUGAUUGGAAAUUUGGUUUGGCAGGACUUGGAAGUGGGUUGCUAGUUGGAGUGGUUCUUUCAGAUGUGGUGAUCACAAGAUGGCCUGAGUGGCUCCAUGAGCUGGCGGAUGAUGCAAUUGUAUAUGCUGCACCACUGGAGCUUUCUUGCCGUGAGGAGGAGAGCUCUGCCUUGCUGCAGUUCAAGAAGAGCUUUAUUAUUGACAAAUCUGCUUCAAGUUAUGACGGUGCUUAUCCAAAGGUUUCAGCAUGGAAACUUGGUGGAGGAGGAAACAGCAGCUGCUGCUCGUGGGACGGUGUGGAGUGUGAUGAGAAGACGGGACAUGUUAUUGGCCUUGAUCUUAGCAGCAGUUAUCUCUACGGCUCUAUCCACUCCAAUAGUAGCCUGUUCCGCCUAGUUCAUCUUCAAAGGUUAAACCUCUCUGACAAUAACUUCAAUUACUCUCAAAUUCCUGGUAGCAUCAAAAAUUUUCCAAGCCUCACUCAGCUUGACCUCUCUGCCUCUGUCUUUUCUGGUCAAGUCCCAUCUGAAGUUUCCCAGUUAUCCAAGUUGACAUCCCUUAAUCUUUGUUGCAAUCUUGAAACAUCUUCUAGUGAGGGAUUGUUGAAACUUCAACCAUCUGAUAUGAGAAGUCUAGUUCAAAACUUAACUAAUCUAGAAACUCUUCAGCUCAGUUUCGUUAGCAUAUCUUCAACGGUACCUGAAUCCUUGGCAAAUUUAACAUUUUUGACAUUCCUUGCUCUCAAGGAAUGUGACCUAGUUGGUGAGUUCCCAGUGAGAAUUUUCAACCUACCAAACUUAAAAAGUCUUAGUGUUAGAUACAACCAAGAUCUUACUGGAUAUUUUCCUGAAUUUAAUCGAAGUAGUCCUCUUGUCUUACUAAAAGUUUCCUUUACUGGUUUUUACGGAAUAAUACCUUCUUCGAUUGAAAAGCUUAAUUUAUUGCAAGUGUUGGAUGUGGCUCAAUGCAAUUUUUCGGAAGGGUUGGUUCCAUCCGCACUUGGUAAUCUUAGACAACUCACUUAUCUAGAUGUUUCAGCAAACAAAUUUGUAGGUUCAAUUCCUGAUUCCUUGGCAAACCUUACCAAAUUGACUGUGUGUAGGAUCAGUUCUAAUCCAUUAACUGGUCCAAUCCCAUCUUGGCUAGGUAACUUUACCAAACUAAUUUACCUAGACCUUGCUUUUAACAGUUUGAAUGGUUCAAUUCCUACCUCAUUCUCCAAUCUCAUGAAUCUUGAGCUCCUUUAUCUACAUGGAAAUCACCUGAGCGGUGUAGUAAAGUUAGAGAUGUUUCAAAAGCUACAAAAUCUCUAUGAACUCCAAUUGAAUGGGAACAAUUUGGAAUUCGUCACCGAAUCCAAAAGUACGAAUACAACUAUUCAACAGUUCACCGUUCUAAGUUUGAGUGCAUGCAACAUAAGAGAGUUCCCAUCUUUCCUGAGAUAUCAAACAAAUUUGGAGCGGUUAGACCUGUCUAGAAACAAACUCCAUGGCCAAGUACCAAAAUGGAUGUGGAACAUAAGCACCGAGACUUUGGUAUACAUGGACAUUUCUGAAAACUUCGUUUCUGACCAACUUCCAUUUUUUCUACCCUGGGUUAACUUGCUAUGCUUAAGGCUCUCGUCCAACAUGUUUCAUGGACUGGUACCGAUCCCUCCACCAUCCAUGCUAGAAUACAGAGUUCCUGAGAACAACUUUAGUGGAGAAAUCUCGCCGUUGCUUUGCCAUAUGAGUUCUCUUCGGUACCUCGACUUGUCGAAAAAUAACUUGAGUGGCACGCUUCCUCAGUGUCUUGGAAACUUCAGUGAUGGUCUAAUCCUUUUGCUUCUUGGAAGAAACUCCUUUCAUGGUAUUGUUCCACAAUCAUACAGCAACAGAAGCAGUUUGAGGAUGAUUGAUGUUAGCCAUAACCAAUUGCAGGGGAGAUUGCCAAGAUCAUUGGCCAAUUGUCUGAUGCUCGAAUAUCUUGUUCUGUCAAACAACCAAUUCAGUGAUGAUUUUCCCAUUUGGUUGGGGACUCUUCCUGAGUUAAAACUUUUGGCGAUGCGCCAGAAUGCAUUCAACGGCGUCAUAGGAAAUUCUAGAAAGAAUCUAGAUUUCCCCAAGUUGCGCAUUCUUGACUUGUCUUACAAUAAUUUCACAGGCGAAAUUCCAUCUGUGUUUCCAGACAGUACUGUAAACAACUCAGACUACAUGCACACAGUCGUAACUUAUAACGCCAACAAUUUCCCAGUAAGUUACAGUGUAGAUUACUCUAUCACAAUAGCAACUAAAGGUUUGGAUCUAUACUAUUCAAAGAUCCUAGAAGACUUUGCAUCCUUUGAUAUCUCAAGCAACAAAUUUGAAGGACAGAUUCCAGAGUUCAUUGGGAACCUUACGGAGCUUCACUCCCUCAACAUUUCCAACAACAUUCUCACUGGUUCCAUCCCGUCAUUGCUGGGCAAGUUAACGAAUCUUGAAUCGCUGGACCUUUCACGAAACAAGCUCUCUGGACAGAUCCCCCAACAACUGACGCAGCUUAAUUUUCUUGGAAACUUAGAUGUGUCUCACAACAACCUCACAGGUCGUAUUCCACAAGGAACCCAACUUACUUCAUUCAAUAGUACUUCAUAUGAGGGAAACCCCGGGUUGUGUGGAGAUCCAUUGCCAAGGAAAUGCGGAGAUCCUGAGGCCCCUCAACAGCCAUCCUCAGUGGUAGAAGAAAAUGAUUCAGGCUCAGCUGGAACAUUGGAACUUGAUUGGAGAUUUUGUUUGGCUGGAUAUGGAAGUGGGAUGGUGGUGGGAGUGGUUCUUGCGGAUUUCGUGAUCUCAAGAAGGCCUGAGUUGUUUGUUAAGAUUGUUGCAAAGAUCAGACUAAAGAUAUGGAAAAGGUAGAGUGGGGGAUGCAGAAAGUUUCUUAUGAGGUCAUGCAUUUGGUGUUGUUUUCUUGUUUUGAUUUCCUUCUCCUUCCAUGUACAGCUUAGCUUGCUCUAUGUCUUCCUGUUGAACUUGAGGUUAUGUUUGAAUUUUGCAUGUAUAUCUGGAUUUGGAUUCUCUGCAUUUACAACACACGGUUGUACUAUUAUUUAUUUAUUUAAUGCAAGCUCUCAUUGACGAGAGAAAAGAUAGUGUAAACCACUGAAAUAGAUAUAGACUCUCUCUCUCUCUCUCUUCUAUAUUUUAUUUUCAUCAUCCACUAAUAUCCAGUUGCAUACUUUAUUUUGUACCCACUUCAGUCCAAAUUAAAAGAAUGAUGUUUACAAAAUUUUGCCUGUGAAAUUCCCAAUUU